AUGCUGAGCUUCUUUCGUCGAACGCUUGGACGGCGGUCUAUGCGUAAGCAUGCGGAGAAGGAGCGGCUGAGAGAGGCCCAGAGAGCUGCAACCCACAUCCCUGCAGCUGGGGACGCAAAAUCCAUCAUCACCUGCCGAGUAGCGCUGUUGGAUGGGACAGAUGUCAGCGUGGACUUACCGAAAAAAGCCAAAGGCCAGCUCCUGUUUGAACAGAUCAUGUAUCAUCUGGACCUUAUAGAAAGUGACUACUUUGGAUUAAGGUUCAUGGAUUCCGCACAAGUGGCGCAUUGGUUGGACAACACAAAAAGCAUUAAAAAGCAAGUUAAAAUUGGCCCACCGUAUUGUCUGCAUUUUCGUGUAAAGUUUUACUCAUCAGAGCCCAACAAUCUACGUGAAGAGCUAACAAGGUAUUUAUUUGUUCUGCAGCUGAAACUGGAUAUACUUAGUGGAAAAUUGGAAUGUCCUUUUGACACAGCCGUCCAGUUGGCAGCUUAUAACAUGCAAGCAGAGGCAGGCCAGUUCCUGUUAAUAUUCACUGUGUUUAUUAAAAACACUGCUGAACAUGUCCCUGAACUAGUGUCUGAGUUCAGGUUUGUUCCCACUCAGACUGAAGAGAUGGAACUAGCCAUUUUUGAGAAGUGGAAAGAAUGCAGGGGGCAGACACCAGCACAGGCUGAAACUAACUACUUAAACAAAGCUAAGUGGCUGGAAAUGUAUGGUGUAGACAUGCACAUAGUCAAGGCAAGAGAUGGCAAUGAUUACAGCCUGGGACUGACACCUACAGGAGUCCUUGUCUUUGAAGGAGACACAAAGAUUGGUUUGUUUUUCUGGCCAAAGAUAACAAGGCUUGACUUCAAGAAGAACAAACUCACUCUAGUUGUUGUUGAAGAUGAUGAACAGGGAAAGGAGCAGGAGCACACUUUUGUCUUUAGACUGGAUCAUCCCAAAGCCUGCAAACACUUGUGGAAAUGUGCAGUAGAACAUCAUGCCUUCUUCCGGCUCCGAGGUCCUGUCCAAAAAGGCUCAAGUCGAUCGGGCUUCAUUCGGUUGGGAUCCCGGUUCCGAUACAGUGGGAAAACAGAGUAUCAAACCACCAAGACCAACAAAGCCAGGAGAUCAGCAUCCUUUGAAAGAAGGCCCAGUAAGAGAUAUUCGAGACGAACACUGCAAAUGAAAGCACAUGGUGCUAAACUUGAAGAAACAAGUACUGCAAACAAUGCUGUUAUCAGCCAGACUAACGGAUCACAAAGCUGGAAUGCAAAGCCAAACCUGCCUGUCCUAACAGCGGUUCCUUCUGCCCCAGUCUUAGUGGAAAUAGAAAACCUCCCAAGGAGCCCAGGAGCCAGCCAGCAAGACAAGAAGUGCGUACCUCUUGUUGAUUUGCUAGACAGCACGGAGUUGCCAGAAACUUGUGUUGAUGACGCCGUAGGCCAUCCAGUUGUUGGCUUGGCAACAGGAGAUUCGGAAGAGGCUGUUAGCUGCCCUCAUCCUGGCACAAAGGAAACUGCUGCUGAAAAAGCAGACUCUGAUCCGUUUGAAGACGCAUUCCUAAAACUGAAGCAGCUGGAGGCAGAGUGCAGCAGCCCCGUGCCAAGUGAGCGUCCCAACGUAAAGAUAAAUGUACAGGAUGAAGUGGUAAAGUUGACAGAUAAAUGUCUUAACAAUGCAGUUGAGAGCCCGGUCACGGCAGCAGCGUGGCUUCCAGAAGAUAUCAAAAGCAAUAUCCUGAAGGCCCAGGCAGAGGCAGGGCACAAGGUUGUAAGAGAAGACGUGCUGGCAGGUGUCAAGAAUUUCAAUAUUCAGGAUGCUGCUGCCAGGAACGUUCUCCCGUCCGGUAAAACACAGAGUAGUCCCCCAGCUACCAGUCCAGUAUUUCAAGACCCAAGAGAGCUGCUGAAUGCAAUCCCUGCCUCGGACACCUUUGUUCCUGAUGCGUUCCAUGAGGACAACGCUGCCUCCAGCCGUGAGGACCUGCUGAUUCCAGCUAACCUGGCUCCCGCUGAGGAGGCUGCUCUUUCCAAGAGCACUCCAGAUGACCAGGACGUUUCCUUAACAUCAGUGACAGAGAAUCUAAUUGACUUUACAGAAGCCACACUUCGGGUGUCUUCCCAGCCUAUGAUAAUGCCGAGGUGGAUAGUGCCAACCGGACUGAUUGCCAAUGGGCCUUUGGGAAAUGACGUUGCCUUAGCUGUGAAGGCAGUGAAGGGCAGCACGGAGACCCUGCUGUCGUCGUCGGGGUUGCCACCGUCCCAGCAGACAUCCGAGGACCUUGCAAGCCUGGUUACUGAGGAUGCUGCAAUAAGAACGAAAUGUUUACUCACCACUGAGCUCUAG